CCCAUUUUGCCAUAUUAUUUUUUUAGUUUCCCUGUAGUUUGGGUUGUAAUAUUUUAGUUAAAUCUAGUUUAUAAAAUGUAUUCAAGAUUUGCAAAGAAUUUAGUCAAGCCUGCGAGACAGCUGAAGCAGGUUGUUCAACGCGGAGAAGCAACACGAGCUGUUGUACAAGUCAAUACUCCGGAAACACGAGUAACAACUUUAUCCAAUGGAUUCCGAAUUGCAACUGAAAAUUCUGAUCUACCGACAUGUACCGUUGGUUUAUGGAUUGACGCCGGAAGUCGUUACGAAUCCGAGAAGAACAACGGUACUGCGCACUUUUUAGAGCACAUGGCGUUUAAAGGAACAUCAAAUCGCUCUCAAUUGGAAUUAGAAUUGGAGAUUGAAAACAUGGGUGCACAUCUUAACGCUUAUACUUCUCGUGAGCAGACUGUGUAUUAUGCGAAAGCAUUUUCGAAAGAUCUACCACAGGCCGUCGAAAUUCUCGCUGAUAUUAUUCAAAACAGCACUCUUGGAGAAGCAGAGAUUGAGCGCGAACGAGGCGUGAUACUGAGGGAAAUGGAAGAAAUCGAACAAAACCAACAAGAAGUUGUUUUCGAUUAUUUACAUGCGACUGCGUACCAAAAUACUCCGCUGGGUUUAACGAUCUUGGGGCCGAGUGAGAACAUCAAGUCGAUAACACGAAAUGAUUUGGUAACGUAUAUCCAAAGUCGAUACAAGCCAUCUUCAAUGGUCAUGGCAGCAGCGGGGGGCGUCAACCACGACAAACUGGUUGAAUUAGCGAAGCAAUACUUUGGAGCUACGGAAUCCAGUGUAGCAGAAUCCCUAUCAAAUAGCCUUAAACCUUGCCGCUUCACUGGGAGUGAUAUGCGACAUCGGGACGACAGGAUGCCAUAUGUUCAUGUUGCCCUUGCAGUUGAAGGAGUUGGAUGGAAUCACUAUGACACCAUACCGCUGAUGAUUGCGAAUCAAAUUAUUGGAACAUGGGAUCGCUCUUCGACUAACGGAGCUCAUUUUCCGAAUCCUCUCAUGCGUAGAAUGGCAAACGAAAAUCUUUGCGUUAGCUUCCAGUCAUUCAAUACUUUGUACACUGACACUGGUCUAUGGGGAAUUUAUUAUGUCACAGAUAACGCAAAUGUGUUUGAUUGUACGGUCCGUAUUCAAGAUGAGUUAAUGAGAGUCUGUCACCAAAUCUCAGAUUUCGAAGUUGAACGUGCGAAAAACACGCUUCUUACUAACAUGGCAAUUAUGAUGGACGGGACAACUCCAAUUUGCGAAGACAUCGGAAGACAGAUGUUAUGUUACGGACGCCGAAUCCCAUGGCCGGAAAUGACAAUGAGAAUCCAACAAAUUGGAACCCAGGAUGUCAAAGAUGCGAUGCAAAAAUACGUUUACGACCAAGACCCCGCUGUUGCGGCUAUCGGACCCACAGAAGCUUUGCCAAUGUACACCAACAUUCGUGCUAAAAUGUACAAAGUACAUUCUGGAUUAUUUAACUAAAAUGACUCUCAAUUCUGCAGAAAUAACUUUAAAAAAAUUUAAAAUUCUGUCUUUUGCUGUUUUUUAUUGAAAAGUGUUCUCAGUUUUGGGCAUUUUGAUUCUUUUUAGUCAUUGGUGGUGAUAUAUUUUUCCUUCUUUGAGUUUUUUGGGUAACUUAUUCUGUUAUUUAUGGUUAUUACUUAUAUCAAAACUCUAAAAGUUUCAUAAAUAUAGCGUAAUACAGUGUGAGUCGCUAGGAAAACAGAAAAUUUGUCAAACAGAUAUUUAUUUUUAAAAAGAAUAACUUGUGCAAAGAUUUUUGAAGGCAUACCAGAUUUGCUCGUUUUGUAGCCCGGGCCCAUAUUUUUUUU